AUGGCUUCCCUCCCCAAGCUCUCUACCGUCGUGAGCUGGUUCCUAUACCUCAUCCCUAUCUACCUCUUCGUCCUCGACCCGAUCCUGCGCCAGGUCUUUCCCGACUCAGUCUCGAUUUACUCCAACGACGGCGACGACCUCCUUCCAGACGAUGUCCCCUCCGGACUCAACCUCGACGACAGCUUCAUAUGUCUGGAGGACGGCGUGCCAUUCACCUGUCCCGAUGCCGCCGAUGGGUACCGCGUGCAUCUGCUGUCGCACGAGCCGCUGGUGAUGUACAUUGAGAACUUCCUGUCGGACGCCGAAGCAGACCAUCUGGUGAAUGUCAGCGUCGACAAGUACGCCCCCUCGAUCGUCACCGACGGCAAAACCGAACGCGUCGACUCCUCCAUUCGCCUCUCCGACCGCGCCCUCCUCGACCGCGACGACACCGUCCGCUGCCUCGAAGACCGAGCGCGGGCCUUCCAGGGAUGGCGCCCACACCUCUACAUUGAACGCAUGUGGGCACAGCGCUACAACGCGUCGGGCCACUACCGGCACCACUACGAUUGGAGCGGCUCGUGGGCCCGUGGCGGCGACCGCCUGAGUACUUUUAUGGUGUACCUUGACGCAGACUGCACGGGCGGAGGCACAAACUUCCCGCGUUUGUCGAUGCCGCGCGGGAAACAGUGGUGUCGGUUCUUGGAGUGUGAGGAUGACGAUCAACAGGAGAAAAAGCAGGGGAUCACCUUCAAACCCAUCAAGGGAAAUGCUAUCUUCUGGGAGAAUCUGCGGCCGGAUGGCUCGGGCUACCCGGAGACCUGGCACGCUGCGUACCCCGUUACGUCGGGGACGAAGGUCGGCUUGAAUAUUUGGAGUUGGUAUCAGCCGCCGAAGAGGGGGAGGUAG